GGUUGGCGGGGCUCAGGGGCGCGGAGCGGGCGGCCGUUUGCGGGCUGCGUGGACUGAGUGUAGUGACCGGUGUCCCGUCGUCUGACCCUGACGCCGUGGGGCGGUGCGUGGAGGCCGGGGAAGGAACCAGCGCGGGCGCAGCGCCCGUGGCAGGGCCUAUGGCCUCCUGCGCGAGCAUCGACAUCGAGGACGCCACGCAGCACCUGCGGGACAUUCUCAAGCUGGACCGGCCCGCAGGGGGCUCCAGUGCAGAGAGCCAGCGGCCAUCUAACACCUACAAUGGGGAUCUCAACGGGCUCCUGGUUCCAGACCCACUCAGCUCAGGUGAUGGUACCUCGACAGGCAAGCCUGGUCUCCGAGCCAUGCCACCCAUUAACCUGCAGGAGAAGCAGGUCAUUUGCCUCUCGGGAGACGACAGUUCCACUUGCAUUGGAAUUUUGGCCAAGGAGGUGGAGAUUGUGGCCAGCAGUGACUCAAGCAUUUCAAGCAAGGCGCGGGGGAGCAACAAGGUAAAAAUCCAACCCGUAGCCAAAUAUGACUGGGAGCAGAAAUACUACUAUGGCAACCUGAUUGCUGUGUCCAACUCCUUCUUGGCCUAUGCCAUUCGGGCUGCCAACAAUGGCUCAGCAAUGGUGCGGGUGAUAAGUGUUAGCACAUCGGAGCGGACCCUGCUCAAGGGCUUCACAGGCAGCGUGGCCGAUCUAGCCUUUGCACACCUCAACUCUCCACAGCUGGCCUGCCUGGAUGAGGCAGGCAACCUGUUCGUGUGGCGCUUGGCUCUGGUUAACAGCAAAAUUCAAGAAGAGAUCUUGGUCCACAUCCGGCAGCCAGAGGGCACACCGCUGAACCACUUCCGCAGGAUCAUCUGGUGCCCUUUCAUCCCUGAGGAGAGCGAAGACUGUGGCGAAGAGGGCAGCCCAACAGUGGCCCUGCUGCAUGAGGACCGGGCUGAGGUGUGGGAUCUGGACAUGCUCCGCUCCAGCCACAGCACCUGGCCUGUGGAUGUCAGCCAAAUCAAGCAGGGUUUCAUCGUGGUGAAGGGCCACAGCACGUGCCUGAGUGAAGGGGCUCUCUCCCCGGAUGGGACUGUACUGGCUACUGCCAGCCACGAUGGCUACGUCAAGUUCUGGCAGAUCUACAUUGAGGGGCAGGACGAGCCAAGGUGUCUGCAUGAGUGGAAGCCUCACGAUGGGCGCCCCCUCUCCUGCCUCCUGUUUUGUGACAACCACAAGAAGCAGGAUCCUGAGGUUCCUUUCUGGAGGUUCCUCAUUACUGGUGCUGAUCAGAAUCGGGAGCUAAAGAUGUGGUGCACGGUGUCCUGGACCUGCCUGCAGACCAUUCGCUUCUCUCCAGAUAUCUUCAGUUCAGUGAGUGUGCCUCCUAGCCUCAAGGUUUGCUUGGACCUCUCAGCAGAGUACCUGAUUCUCAGUGAUGUGCAACGGAAGGUUCUCUACGUGAUGGAGCUGUUGCAGAACCAGGAGGAGGGCCACGCCUGCUUCAGCUCCAUCUCUGAGUUCCUGCUCACCCACCCGGUGCUGAGCUUUGGUAUCCAGGUUGUGAGUCGGUGUCGGCUGCGGCACACUGAGGUCCUGCCUGCCGAGGAGGAGAACGACAGCCUGGGGGCUGAUGGUUCUCAUGGAAUUGGUACUGUGGAGUCUGCGGCCGGUGUGCUCAUCAAGCUCUUUUGUGUGCAUACCAAGGCACUGCAAGAUGUGCAGAUCCGCUUUCAGCCACAGCUGAACCCUGAUGUGGUAGCCCCACUCCCUACCCACGCCACCCAUGAGGACUUUGCUUUACCCCCAGCAUUUGGAGAGUCUCGACCUGAGCUGGGCCCCGAAGGCCUGGGGUCAGCCUCCCACGGCUCCCAACCUGACCUUCGCCGCAUCAUGGAGCUGCCUGCACCUGCUGACUUCCUUAGCCUGAGCAGUGAGAUGAAGCCCAAGCUUAUGACUCCUGAUGCCUUCAUGACAUCCAGCGCCUCCCUGCAGCAGAUCGCUACAUCCCCUAGUAGCAGCAGCGGCAGCAGCGGCAGCGGCUCUCUUACAGUUGUGUCUGCCAUGAGCAGCACCUCAGCCGUGGACCCCGCCUUGCCCAGGCCACCCGAGGAGCUGACCUUGAGCCCCAAGCUGCAAUUGGACAGCAGCCUGACAAUCAGCAGCAGCGGCUUGCAGGCAAGCUCACGUAGCCUCCUGCCUGGCCUGCUCCCAGGCCCAGCGGACAAGCUGACGACCAAGGGGCCUGUGCAGGUGCCCACUGCUGCCUCUGCACUGUCACUGGAGCUGCAGGAGGUGGAGCCCCUGGGGCUGCCCCAGGCCUCCCCUAGCCGGACCCGCUCCCCUGACGUUAUCUCCUCAGCCUCCACUGCCCUAUCCCAGGACAUCCCCGAGAUUGCGUCUGAGGCCCUGUCCCGUGGCUUUGGCUCCUCUGCUCCUGAGGGCCUUGAGCCAGACAGUAUGGCCUCAGCUGCCUCGGCACUACACCUGCUGUCUCCACGGCCCCGGCCAGGGUCCGAACUGGGCCCGCAGCUUGGCCUGGAUGGAGGCACUGGGGAUGGUGAUCUACAUAGUACCCCUUCCCUCCUGGAGGCAGCCUUGACCCAAGAGGCUACAGCCCCUGAUAGUCAGGUCUGGCCUACAGCACCCGAUAUUACUCGUGAAACCUGCAGCAGCCUAGCAGAGAGCCCCAGAAAUGGCCUCCAGGAAAAGCAUAAGAGCCUAGCCUUCCACCGGCCACCUUAUCACCUGCUGCAGCAACAUGACAGCCAGGAUGCCAGUGCCGAGCAAAGUGACCAUGACGACGAAGUGGCAAGUCUUGCCUCUGCCUCAGGGGGCUUUGGCACCAAAGUUCCCACUCCACGGCUGCCUGCCAAGGACUGGAAGACCAAGGGUUCCCCUCGGGCAUCACCCAAGCUCAAGAGGAAGGGCAAGAAGGACGAUGGGGAUUCAGCUGUGGGGUCCCGGCUUACGGAGCGCCAGGUGGCAGAGCCCUCUGAGGACUGGCCAGCAAUAAUUUGGCAACAGCAGAGAGAGCUGGCAGAGCUGCGGCACAGCCAGGAAGAGCUGCUGCAGCGCCUGUGCACCCAACUUGAAGGCCUACAGAGCACCGUCACAGGCCACGUAGAACGUGCCCUAGAGACACGGCACGAGCAGGAGCAGCGGCGGUUAGAGCGGGCACUGGCUGAGGGACAGCAGCGGGGUGGGCAGCUUCAAGAGCAGCUGACGCAGCAGCUGUCCCAGGCACUGUCUUCAGCUGUGGCUGGGCGGCUGGAGCGCAGCAUACGGGACGAGAUCAAGAAGACGGUGCCUCCAUGUGUCUCCAGGAGCCUGGAGCCUGUGGCAGGCCAACUGAGCAACUCAGUGGCCACCAAGCUUACAGCGGUGGAGGGCACCAUGAAAGAGAACAUUUCCAAACUGCUCAAGUCCAAGAACUUGACAGAUGCCAUCGCCCGAGCAGCUGCAGACACAUUACAAGGGCCAAUGCAGGCCGCCUACCGUGAAGCCUUCCAGAGCGUGGUGCUGCCUGCUUUCGAGAAGAGCUGCCAGGCCAUGUUCCAGCAGAUCAAUGAUAGCUUUCGGCUGGGCACACAGGAAUACUUGCAGCAGCUAGAGAGCCACAUGAAGAGUCGGAAGGUGCGGGAACAGGAGGCACGGGAGCCUGUGCUAGCCCAGCUACGGGGCCUGGUCAGCACACUUCAGGGUGCCACUGACCAGAUGGCGGCCACUGUGUCCAGCAGCGUUCGGGCUGAGGUGCAGCACCAGCUGCACGUGGCUGUCAGCAGCCUGCAGGAAUCCAUUUUAGCCCAGGUACAGCGCAUUGUAAAGGGUGAGGUGAGUGUGGCACUCAAGGAGCAACAGGCUGCUGUCACCUCUAGCAUCAUGCAGGCCAUGCGCUCAGCUGCAGGCACACCAGUCCCUGCUGCCCACCUCGACUGCCAGGCCCAGCAAGCCCACAUCCUGCAGCUGCUGCAGCAGGGCCAUCUCAAUCAGGCCUUCCAGCAGGCCCUGACAGCUGCUGACUUGAACCUGGUGCUGUAUGUGUGUGAAACUGUGGACCCAGCCCAGGUUUUUGGGCAGCCACCCUGCCCGCUCUCCCAGCCUGUGCUCCUCUCCCUCAUCCAGCAGCUGGCCUCUGACCUUGGCACUCGAACUGACCUCAAGCUCAGGCUUGAAGGUCUUCCUGUACAACAGUCCUUCUGGGCCUUGGUGCCACCAGGGGGCGCUCCUGUCUGCUGUAGCCUCUCCCUUUUCCCCAUCCCCAGCUACCUGGAGGAGGCUGUGAUGCACUUGGACCACAGUGACCCCAUCACUCGGGACCACAUGGGCUCCGUCAUGGCCCAGGUGCGCCAGAAGCUCUUCCAGUUCCUGCAGGCCGAGCCACACAACUCACUUGGCAAAGCAGCCCGGCGUCUCAGCCUCAUGCUGCAUGGCCUUGUGGCACCCAGCCUCCCUUAGCAACCAAGUCUACCUUGCCUAGGGGUGGGGUGGCGCCGAAGGCCAGCAGACAGGUCUAGGCAUGGUCAUGUCCGCCCUUACCUGCUCAGGCCCCGUUUCUGGGUAUGGGGGUGGGGACAGGGCACUGGCUUGGUUUACAGGUUGUGGUAGCGGGCAGGCUUAGGUUGGGCCCAGGACAGGUAUUAUGCCUUCUUGGGCUCUGCCGUGCUUGGAACAGGACCCCAAGAUGUUGACACCACUUGAGUUGAAUUUUCCACGUUCCUUUUUACCUCUGAUUUGGAUCUUUCUGUUUUUGAAAACAUGGAGAAA